GCCGCCCGCCCCGGCCCCGUCACACCGAUCCCGCACAGGCCUUCGGAACCGGCCCCGGGACCGGCCCUGUCACCGACCCCCGGGACCGAUCGCCAGCACAGCCCCUCCCGCCCCCUCAGAAACGUUUUUGUUGUCCUGUUUCCCAGACGCUUUUCCCAUCAGCCCCCGCGCCAUGGCGGCGAGCGCGCGCUUCUCGGCCCAAGAUGGCGACUGCGUGCGGGAAGGGGCGAUGUGUGAGCUGCUGUUUUUAUUAUACUUAAGGGCCGCAGGUGUCCCCGGGCUCGCGGAGCGGCAGCGCUGAGGAACAGUGCUUAAAUAACAACCAGAUCGUUCCUGUGCCGUGGUUCUCGUCGCAGCGGUACGUCCGUGACGCCACGGCCCCGCCCCGGGAGGUGCGCGGGGUGGCUGAGGGCUGGCGGGACCAUGGCGGAGGGACGCGAGUGCUGCGAGCCCGACUGUGACUCGGCUCCUGYGCCGGAGGCUGGAGAUGGGGCUGAGCCGGACAGCCAGGCCGGGGAAGAUUCCGCGGAGAGCCCCGACGUGUACAGAUACAUYAAAGGAGACCUGUUCACCUCCGAGAUCUAUAAAGUAGAGAUACAGAACCUGCCCAAAUACAUCGGGUUUAAUGACGUGAAAAAGUUCCUUGCCAAGUACGGGCUCAAUCCUCACAAGAUAAAACUCUUCGGGAAGCAGACGUUCGCCUUCGUAACGUUCAAGAGCGAGGAGGAGCGGGACAAGGCCAUGCGGGUGCUGCACGGCGCGCUCUGGAAGAGCCGCCACCUCAGCGUGCGCCUGGCCAAGCCCAAAGCCGACCCCAUCGCCAAGAAAAGGAAGCAAGGAGAGGAUUCGGAGCAGGGAGAGGCGAAGCGGCCGGCUCCCUCCGAAGAGGAACCUCUGAGCAAGCGGAUCGCGGAUGUGGUGACCCCGCUGUGGAAYGUGCCCUACGAGGAGCAGCUGGCCCAAAAGAAGCAGGAGUGCGAGCAAGUGCUGCAGAAGCUGACAAAGGAAAUAGGAAAUAACAACAGAGCUUUAUUACCCUGGUUGUUCCUGCAGAAGCAGAAGUUUAAUAAAUUAUGUUGCCCAGUGGAGGGAGUGAAAGCAUCGCCCUUACAGACUGAAUAUCGCAACAAAUGUGAGUUCUUGAUUGGGAUUGGUGUAAAUCAAGAAGACAAAACUGUGGGUUGUCGUCUUGGCAAAUAUAAGGGUGGUACAUGUGCUGUAGUGGAGCCAUUUGAUACUAUUCACAUUCCUGCUAUUGCCAAAAAAGUAGUAAAAGCUUUCCAAGACUACAUAAGGUCAACUCCUUACUCSGUGUACAGCCCCGAAACCUAUGAAGGUCACUGGAAACAGCUCACGGUCCGGACCAGCCGCAGCGGCCACAUCAUGGCAAUUGCUUAUUUCAAUCCUCAGAAACUGAGUAAAGAAGAGCUAGCCAACCUGAAAAUCUCUCUGGCAAAAUAYUUCACAGAAGGGAUGGGAAAGAGCAGUGGUGUUACUUCUCUGUACUUUGUGGAGGAAGGACAGAGGAAAUCUCCCAAUUUGGAAGACUUGCCUUUGGAGCAUGUGGCUGGUGAUAAGUACAUAUAYGAAGAACUCCUUGGCCUAAAAUUUAGAAUUUCUCCUCAUGCAUUUUUCCAAGUGAACACACAAGCUGCAGAAGUUUUGUACACUGCCAUCGGGGAAUGGGCACAACUGAGCCAAGAGAGCACUGUGCUGGACAUCUGUUGUGGGACAGGAACCAUUGGGAUUUCUUUGGCAAAGAAAGUGAAGAAGGUAAUUGGAAUUGAGCUCUGCCAAGAAGCUGUGCAGGAUGCCAAGGCAAAUGCCCAGAUAAAUGAACUGAGUAAUAUUGAAUUUUAUUGUGGGAAGGCAGAAGAUAUUGUUCCUUCCCUAAUGAACAGUUUAGCUCCUCAGAACCUGAUCACGAUUGUAGAUCCACCGCGAGCAGGGCUGCACUCUAAGGUAAUUCUUGCCCUUAGAAGAGCUGAACAUYUGAAGAAGCUCAUCUAUGUCUCCUGUAAUCCCAGAGCAGCAAUGAAUAACUUUGUGGACCUGUGCCGGGCCCCUUCCAACAGGGUGAAAGGAGCCUCUUUCCGCCCCGUUAGAGCCAUGGCUGUGGAUCUGUUCCCUCAGACCAGGCACUGUGAGUUACUGAUCUUCUUUGAGAGGGUGGAGUACGCCAACGGCAGCUCUGCAGCAGCAGCACCUGCUGCAARCGAGGGCACAGCAGCAACGUGUGGCUCUGAGGGCAUGGAUGGCAUCAGCCCCUCGGACAGGGAUGGGAGCCAGGCAGCUGCUGGMCCUGGGGACACUGCAGUCCAAGAGAGGGGGUCACCUUAACUCCUGAGAGACACUUUGCAGAAACGACUUCUGCUUGUUAAUUGCAUCAGUAAUAUCAUCUCUGUAACAUCCAGGUAAUAAAUCUCUGAACAACAGAAUAGUUCCAAGGCUUCCAAGUUAUUUCAUCAUCCUAGUUUGAGUUAAMUUUUAUUAUCAAAGAAUUGCAGAAGGGGGUGUGGUGGAAGAGACCUUAAUGAUCAUCUCAUAAUCACCCCUCUGCCAUGGGCAGGGACACCUUCCACUCAACCAGGUUGCUCAGAGCCCCAUCGAACCUGGGCUUGAACAUUUCCACGGACAGGAUAAUUACAUAUGAUUAGGCCAAAUCCUGCUUUGCUCUUCCUGCCUCUGUACAUAUAUAUGAAUAUAUACACAUAUAUAUAUCUACACACACACACACACAAUUCCUAGAGCAGGUCAACUUGUUAAAGGGACCUGUCAGUAUGUCAUUCAGGUCUGCCCCGUGUCCAAACUGUGCCGUGUUUUUUCAGUAAACAAGUAAAGGUGUAGCARCCUUAACCCUUCCAUAAAUCAUUGACUUGCUACACCUUCACUAGGAAGUUAAAAA